GGGCACAUGAAGUUUUGCUGAGAAAACGACGACGUGAUGCAAGUUUCUGGGCUGGGAUGCGCUCGCCCCGCUCCACGGGAAAGCGCAGCAGAAGCGAAGCAGCGCGCGGUGCGCUGGAGCGUCCUGAGCGCGUAUCGGGGUCACUGCGGAUGGAGCGCCCCGCUUUCGCGCUGCACUGCAUGACUGGUGGAGAGAGGGGGCACUAUCGCUCAGACUGGGGCGGGGGGGACCAAGGAGCCCUCAACUUGAGCCGUGGAAACAAGUAGGAGAGCCGAGGAUCGCGCUGCCUCAGAAGGAGAGGAUGGUCUCAGGGAGUCGGGCAUGACCAAGUUCCCACGGCUCAUCGCUCCUCACCCACCGGCGCGUCUCCGGUGCCUCCGAGCAGUUCUACGUUCACGGUUUUCUCAGCGCAUCUCCUGCAUGGCUGCGCAGCGCGUUACACCGCUUUCAGUCAGUGGCGAAUGCACGAGACGUGAAAAAUGAGCAUACGGAUUGAUGUAUGACUGAGGUGACAUGGACAUAUGACAUGCGUAAAGGCAGAACGCGACCGUCUACCUGCGAUUAGUUGUAAAGACGGCGGGCUGCGCGUCCGUCCCCCCCGAAAAGGUGCUCUGGUGGUGAAGACCGGUUUGAGAAGAUUAGUCUGCUGAUAAUGCUUACAUUGUCAAAUCUGGAUAUACCGGGAGACUUUCACAGCCCCACGUCAGGUGUCCAAUGGAUGUGAAACAGCUGACGUGAUGUGGAAUAUGGCUUGUUUCACAAUGACUUUUGUUGGUGCCCUGCUUUUCCAAGUUGUCCUAUUUGGCGGCUUUGUUCUUCCAAGUAACUUGUUUGAGAGGUCAGUGGUGCCCAGGGCCGCAUCAAGAUCUGUGGCUCGGAUGGACGGGGAUGUAAUAAUUGGGGCGCUAUUCUCGGUCCACCACCAGCCGUCUGCCGAGAAAGUGGCCGAACGUAAAUGCGGUGAGGUGAGGGAGCAGUACGGCAUUCAACGGGUGGAGGCCAUGUUCCACACCUUGGACGUCAUCAAUGCGGAUCCCUUCCUGCUGCCUAACAUCAGCCUGGGCUGCGAGAUCCGCGACUCCUGCUGGCACUCAUCUGUGGCCCUGGAGCAGAGCAUCGAAUUCAUCAGGGACUCGCUCAUCUCCAUACGGGAUGAAAGGGAUGGCUCCAAGUGGUGCAUCGAUGGGACACCAUCCAGCCAACCGCCGGCAACCAAGAAGCCUAUUGCCGGUGUCAUCGGGCCUGGCUCUAGCUCAGUGGCCAUCCAGGUCCAGAACCUACUACAGCUCUUCAACAUCCCCCAGAUUGCCUACUCUGCCACCAGCAUCGAUCUGAGUGACAAAACCCUUUUCAAGUACUUUUUAAGGGUGGUUCCAUCUGACACCCUGCAAGCCAGGGCCUUGCUGGACAUAGUCAAGCGCUACAACUGGACCUAUGUGUCUGCAGUGCACACCGAGGGAAACUAUGGAGAGAGCGGGAUGGAGGCUUUCAAGGAGCUAGCCUCUCAGGAGGGGCUCUGCAUCGCCCACUCGGACAAGAUCUACAGCAAUGCCGGCGAGAAGCACUUUGACCGGCUGCUCCGGAAGCUGCGUGAACGGCUUCCCAAGGCCCGCGUCGUCGUAUGCUUCUGUGAGGGCAUGACCGUGCGUGGCCUUCUCAUGGCCAUGAGGCGGUUGGGGGUGGCCGGCGAAUUUCUACUCAUUGGCAGCGACGGCUGGGCAGACAGGGAUGAGGUGGUCGAGGGCUAUGAGCAGGAGGCAGUGGGCGGCAUCACGGUGAAGCUUCAAUCAGCUGAGGUGACCUCCUUCGAUGACUACUACCUGAAGCUGCGCCUGGACACCAACACAAGGAAUCCCUGGUUCGCCGAGUUCUGGCAGCAUCGCUUCCAGUGCCGCAUCCCUGGACACCCGCAGGAGAACGCUAACUUCAAAAGAAACUGCUCAGGUUAUGAGAGCCUCGAGGACAACUAUGUGCAGGACAGUAAGAUGGGCUUUGUGAUCAACGCCAUCUACGCCAUGGCGCACGGCCUGCACGACAUGCACCAGGAGCUGUGUCCUGAGCACGUGGGCCUCUGUGAUGCCAUGAAGCCCAUCGACGGGAGCAAGCUACUGGACUUCCUGCUCAAGGCGUCCUUUGUCGGGGUGUCCGGGGAAGAAGUGUGGUUCGACGAGAAUGGGGACUCGCCUGGACGGUAUGACAUCAUGAACCUGCAGUACGUGGAGACUGGUCAGUACGACUACAUCAACGUAGGCUCCUGGCACGAGGGCGUCCUCAACAUUGAUGAUCAAAAGAUCCUGAUGAACCGCAGCGAGAUGGUGCGCUCCGUGUGCAGCGAGCCCUGCUCCAAGGGUCAGAUCAAGGUGAUCCGGAAAGGCGAAGUGAGCUGCUGCUGGAUCUGCACCUCCUGCAAGGACAACGAAUUUGUGCAGGACGAGUUCACGUGCAAGGCCUGCGAUCUGGGCUGGUGGCCGAACGAGGAACUGGAAGGUUGUGAACCUAUUCCCUUGAGGUAUUUGGAGUGGAGCAACGCAGAGUCCAUUGUGGCUGUGGUCUUCUCCUGCCUGGGCAUCCUGGUCACCAUGUUUGUGACCUUCAUCUUUGUGCUGUACAGAGACACUCCGGUGGUCAAGUCCUCCAGUCGUGAGCUCUGUUACAUCAUCCUUGCCGGAAUCUUCCUGGGCUACGUCUGCCCCUUCACCUUGAUCGCCAAGCCCACCGUGGCCUCCUGUUACCUUCAGCGCCUAUUGGUCGGCCUCUCCUCCGCCAUGUGCUACUCGGCCCUGGUGACCAAGACCAACCGCAUCGCGCGCAUCCUGGCCGGCAGCAAGAAGAAGAUCUGCACACGUAAGCCACGUUUCAUGAGCGCCUGGGCCCAAGUGGUCAUCGCCUUCAUCCUUAUUAGCGUCCAGCUCACCCUGGAGGUCACACUGCUGAUUCUGGAGCCACCGGAGCCCAUAAAAUCAUAUCCCAGCAUCCGGGAGGUCUUCCUCAUCUGCAACACCAGCAAUGUUGGUGUGGUGGCCCCACUGGGCUACAAUGGUCUGCUUAUUAUGAGCUGCACAUACUACGCCUUCAAGACGCGGAAUGUGCCGGCCAACUUCAACGAGGCCAAGUACAUCGCCUUCACCAUGUACACCACCUGCAUCAUCUGGCUGGCCUUCGUGCCAAUCUACUUCGGCAGCAACUACAAGAUCAUCACCACCUCGUUCUCCGUGAGCCUCAGCGUGACCGUGGCCCUGGGUUGCAUGUUCACGCCCAAGAUGUACAUCAUCAUCGCCAAGCCAGAGAGGAACGUGCGCAGUGCAUUCACUACCUCGGACGUGGUGCGCAUGCACGUUGGCGACGGGAAGGCCAACUGCAGGAACAAUAGUCUGCUUAAUAUGUUCAGAAGAAAGAAAAAUGGCCCUGCAAAUGCAAAUUCUAAUGGAAAGUCUGUGUCAUGGUCUGAACCAGGUGCAAGACAGCCACCCAAGGGGGAGCAUAUGUGGCACAGGUUGUCUGUACAUGUGAAGAAACAGGAAACAGGCUCCAAUCAGACAGCAGUCAUCAAACCCCUAACUAAAUCAUCCCCAACCGCUGGCCUCCAUUUUUCUGACCUCAGCACCAAAACUUUGUACAAUGUGGCCGAAGAGGAGGAGGGCGACCCCGUUCGGUACAACCCGCCCACCAGUCCCCCCAUGAUGAUCAACCGGCCCCCGUCCGGGCCUUCGAAAGACGGGGAGGGGCUGCAGAUGUAUAUGAUGCAGCACCUGCAGAACCGCCUGCUCCCCCAGCAGCUUGACCUCGGCCAGCUGCAGGAAAUGGUGGACAAGUUCAACGCCGACAUCCCGGACGUCCACGACCUGAUCGACCUCCAAGGGCCGGGGAGCGGGGUGCAGCCCGCAUACCCGGCCCACGCGGCCCAGCAGCCGAUCCUGCCCCUACCCAUGAGCGCUUACGAAGAGCUGCCCGCCUCUCCCGAGGACGAGGUGGAGAGCGAGCACUUCAACCUCAUUCUCGGCUACAUGGGAGACGACAUCCACGUGCGCGAAGAUGAGGAGGAGGACGACGAGGAGGAGGAGGAGGAGGAGGAGGAGAUGGCUCGAGUGAAAAUGGCCAUCGAGGAGUCCACCGCCCUCACGCCACCAACCCCUUUCAAGGAUUUGCUCGACUCGGGCGCCUCCUUCAACAACUCGCCCGUGUCGGAGUCUAUAUUGUGCACGCCUCCCAGCGUCACGUACGCCUCAAUCAUCCUGAGAGACUAUAAGCAAAGCUCAUCCACUCUGUGACGUCACAUACAAAACACGUGACCGCUUUCUAUUUGGGGAAAAAACGUAAUGGAAUGCGAAGGGUUGACAUCGUGCCUCUACCGGACGAGCUCAGAACCCUGGGAGGGAACCGAACCCCCGAGUUCUGAAACGGCAAGGAGACGCGCAGGGAAGGUCAUCAGCAGAGGCCUGUUCGGAUGUGCGUGACGAAGGAAAGAAGAUGUGAAUCCACCCGGACUGGUUCUUACUAAAAGCCUAAACCUGUUUUCUGUACAACGGAAGAAAACAAACUGCAAAAAAAAAACUUUGCCAGUUCAAACAAAACGUAUCUAAUCAAUUAUAAACUAAGUGUUUGUACCUAUUUAUUAUAUGUAGAAGAGACAUUUAUCGAGUUACCUGUCUUGCCAUUACAUUAUGAACUGUCGUCAAUGCUGACUCUUAUCAGUACAACCUGCCAUUAAUGUAAGUGCUCUUCGGUGCCAAUAGAUAAUUACGUAAUGUUUAUUUAUAUUUACAACCGAUAAAUGAGGAAAUUCUUUUCAUACGUAGACUGCAGGAACUUAUCAUUAUUUUUGUUUUUAUUUUUUUUUUUUGGAAUAAAUAUGAGGUUGCUUUAAAUGAUGUGCUGUUAAAAUUUGUCAUAGCGGGGCUAAAGGGAUAAGUCCAAGAUGUAUUCUAGUGAAGGUGAACAUUGAGCGUUGCACUGGUUUUGUGUUUAUUGGCUGUUUAUAUCACUGCAUAGCCAUUUGGAGAGUUUGUAUACAGUCAGAUUGUCUCUUUUUUUAAUCUCAGACACGGUGUUUGUAAAUUUAUUGCUUACACGCUUAGCAUACAGGUAACACUUUCUUCACAGGGGCUGUAUGUAAACAUGCAGACGUCGAGACGAGUGUCCAGAAAUGUUCAUCCGACUACUUCAUGGCAUUUAUUAUUUUCCUAAUCGUUUCAAUUGAUUUCAGAAUUCAUAAAGCAUAUAAUAUGUUUUUUUGAUAGCUUCUUCUUAGGUUCAACAUUGGUGCUGUACACACACGCACACACACGCACACACACACAUGUAUAAAUGCCUCUUAGUAGUCUUAUGAAUGUUUUUGGAAGCUUGUGAAUACUGUUAUGUAGCCUUAUGUAUUGCUUAAUUCGGUGGUAUAGAGCUUUCCCCAUUAAGUCCCAAUCAUAGAAUGCCUUCCAGCUCUUUAAAAGCAGAGUCACGAAACGAUAUAGACCUGAUCUGUUCGGCAUUAUUGAAAUACGGUCAGCUGUCGUAUGUUCACGGUGCACGUCACUAUGUUCUUGUUGUGAUGGAGGAAGUACCUGCUGUUGAACAAUGUGGGUCAAUUCCCGAAGUAAAGUGUUACCCAAAUAGGAACAAUGUGCAACUGAACUGUAUUGACGAUGCUCUGUAAGCUAAUACGAAAGGCUCAUAUUUGCAUUACUUUUGGAUAGGCUUUUUUGGAUGAAUUGACAGAUCAGUGUAUAAAAAGCUGUAGCUUUAAAUGACAUACAGUAUGUCAAGUUGUCGCUUUUAAGGUCGUGCAUUUGUUAUCUCUUAGAAUGGUCCUGUAGAAUUAAUUUUCAGCUGUAAUUUAGUACUUGAUUCUAAGUUAGUACAUUAGAAUAUAUAAAUAUAGUGGCCAAAGUAUUAAUGCAUAAACCUGUUCUUGUUAUUAAGGAGUGACAUAAAUUUAGUCUGUAUCAUGUAAAGAAUUUGAGAACAAAACUAUUCGUAACACAUUAAGUAAGUAAGAAAAGUCACCUCUUUGACAUGGUCAGAGCUGCAGUGGGAAGAGAAUUAUUGUCAGGAUUUAUCAAUUUGUAAAAUAAAUAUGUUUUAGGUAAAAAAAAAAAAGUAUGUGUCCCUGCAUAUGGUGAAUACUGUGAUAUUGAAUUGUACUGUUAGAGUGGAUGGGUCAAAAUGAGUCCAUGAAAGAAAUGAAAAUGUUUUUACUAGUUCUUGAAGUCUCUGAAUAUUUUCCCUGCAUUUCAGCAGAAGUGUUUCCCAUUUCAGCAACAGUGCAUUUGGUUAAAAAUUUCUUUCCUGUGAGUUGUUCUGAGGUAAUUUAUACAAAAUGACCCUACACUGCAGAAGCAGCAAUUUUUUUUUAUCAAAAUUUGAAAAGCAAUGUUCUUUAU